AUGAAGACUCAUAAAAGGGAACAAAGCGAAUCUCACGUUCCUUUACGGCAAACCUCGUUCGAAAGUAAAUCUCAGCAGAUAGAAUGCCAGGUAUCCAAUGGAUCAGUUGGAGGGCAAGGCAAUUCCGUCCAAAGAGAAGCUAUGUCGUUUAGUCCAGAUCCAGAAACCAACAGUUCUACUGAAAGACGACCAAACAAGGUAAGUUUAUCUUGUUUCUUGUUGGCACUUAGGUACAUGGGUUUUCCAUAAAUUUUACUUUUUCCACCGAAUCGUGGUAGCUGAUCAGCAUAAAUUAUACACGCUUUGAUUAUUUAUUUAUUGCCUGCAGUCUGGUGCAUUAGAAGCGAAUAAGAUAUUAGGCUCUAUAAAAAAUUGCGGUCUCUUUUGUUUUUGUUGUUUGCAAGUAUGAAUUUACCUGCUAAUGAAAUUGGAAUUAAGAGAUGGCGAAAUGAAUUGAUAAAGACGGUUAUCGCUUUCUACUGUUUAAUGUUGGCCGCUUUUCUCAACUUUUUUCUACUGACGGUAAUCCACGACAUCGUCCCUCUAAAAACCACUAAGAGACUUCCUGACCUCGUCUUUUUUAUGGUGAAUCAACAACGAUGGGCCUGGGCUGUUGGAGAUGUUCUUUCAACUGUGAAGUAAGCUGACUUCUUUUUUGUUUUAUUUUCAUUUGACGCAUUAACAUGAUAUUUUCAGCGCCGUUGUUGGAUUUAUUGUUGUUCUUCUCCACAAAGAAAGGGUUGUAGUAAUCAGACGGGUAUUUUUGAUCGGCGCCAUAAUGUACGGAUUGAGAGCGGUGGUCUUAAGUGUCACCUUCCUCCCCCCGGCGUUUGAUUAUCAUGAGGAAAUUUGUAUGCCCCAGUCUAAUCGGACCGGAAUGUAUGCAUCAGAAAUUACAGCAAGGUAGGAGGAAAUGAGUAAUCCUGAUUCCGGGCUUAGAUUUGUCACUUAUGUGGUCACACUGGGUCUGACUUCUGGUCAAGAUAAGAUUUUAUGCGGAGAUUUGAUGUUCAGCGGCCAUACGGUUGUUCUAACGAUCAUGUACUUUACCCAAUUACAAUAUACUCCAAGAGGGUUGGUUGCGUUAAGGUAAGAAAACGUAAUACGUUUUUAUCCUGGAAUUGAUUUAGGUACAUUGCUACCCCAAUUACUUUUCUUGGCAUUGCUGCGUUGGUGGUGUCCGGGGGGCAUUAUACGAUGGAUGUUUUCAUUGCUUACUGGUUGACUUCGCAUGUGUUCUGGAGUUAUCAUCAGAUGUUUGAACUCCCUCAUGAGCAUCGAGCUCAGGCUCCUUUGUCCCGUCUUUGGUGGUUUUGGCUUUGUUAUUGGUUCGAGAAGGAUGUUGCCUCCGGGCGAAUGAAAAAUGAAUGGAGUUGGCCAUUGCCCGGGCCACAGUUCAUGCACACUCUUAUUCGGUCUAUCAACACUAAACUACAGUAA